CUCAUACAAAAACGGUUGUUUUUUUGGAAUGGAUAGAGUGCUGUCUAUCCAUCUCCUCUCUAUCUGGUAACCUGCGGGUUUUGAUUUGAACAUGUCCCUAAGAAAAAAAAAGAGGGUGGUGCAUAAGAAAACCGUUAAAUCAAGUAAAAGUUUCUCAAGUAGAACUCUGCAAAACACUUCAUACAAGUAUGGAUACCAGUAUGAUUGUGACCCAGUAAUAAAAUAUGAUACCGGAAUCAUCAAGAAUUAAGUACAGCACUUUCUCGACCUGAUUGAAUCACUCAACAACCCUCUUAACGCCAAGACGCUUGAAAGGAUAGUAGCUGUGCACACAAGCACAAACAUCAUAAAUCGACUGUUUCUUUCUGUCAGCGAUAUUAUUGAAAUGAGUUGGCUGGAGAGGGAGUUUUAUUCAACACAUAAAGCGAAAUGGGACAGAGUUCUUUUUAAGGUCGAUGAUCAUAAGAUCUCUCUUGGUUACGUAGAGUUUUCUGGUAGUGCAAACGACAACACUACUAUAACAAAAGAGCGAUGUGAUUUAAAAAAAAAUGGCACAGUAAGAUGGUCGAUAUCAUAAAUCAAUACUCUUCAAAAAUAAAGAAAAUUCUGUGU